AUGCUUCGUAUUACAUCCUCAUCUUACACCCAAAUCGUCGCUUCUGGUGAGCCACUCCGACUGCUCCAAAUCAUCCGAAUCCUUCAGCGAACUCGGCCAUUCCCCUUCAGACCUCCAGAAGCAUUGCCGCUUCUGCAGUUGACUGCAAGAUCAGACGGUACUUUCCUAUCAGUCGGAACUCGUUUCCGAUUAUUGUCUUCCAGGGGGAAAUCGGAUCGUCGGGUGAUCCAUUCGAAAAAACUUUCAAAGAAGACUUCUCUUCCAUUCAUCAUCGGAGAGGGUUUCAUUUCGGGCAAAACCCUCCUCCAGACCGCUCUAACUCAUCAGCCGCCUUCCGGAUUGAGCACUCUCGUGAGGGGCGACGGGCGGGGAGAAAAGGCGCAAGUGUUGUAUCCGAAGUGAGUGACGGAGGGAGGGGAACUCCGAAGGAGAACGGCCGUUUGUAGGGAGAUCGUGGAGCAUCUGAACAAGUACAUUGUGGGCCAGGAAGAGGCGAAGAAGUGUCUGGCGGUGGCCGUUUAUCAGCAUUACCGGAGAGUCGAGAACAAUCUGAGAGUGACCGAAGUGAGAGCCAUUUUCUCAUUCAAAACUAACUCUCCGUCGGUUUCAGCAAUGGCUUCUCUCGGAGGCGGUUUCUGCGGCAAAAGAGAGAAAGAAGAUGAAGCAGCAGCACCCGGAACUCGAAGAGGAGUACAUUCCCGAAUACGUGCAGAAAUCGCAGCGUCAAAUUCUGAAGGACCUCGAGAAACGGCAGGAUAUUCUCCUCGAAAAGUCCAACAUGAUUCUUCUGGGAGCAUCCGGAACCGGAAAGACGUUCAUCUCGCAGAAGCUGGCCGACGUGCUCGACGUUCCGAUCGUCAUCUGCGACUGCACAACGCUCACUCAGGCUGGAUACGUGGGCGAUGACGUGGACACCGUCAUUCAGAAACUUCUCGCAGAAGCGAACGGGGACAUCGACAGGUGCCAGAGGGGCAUUGUAUUUCUCGACGAAUUCGACAAGAUCUACACGUCUUCGGAUCCACUACACACUUCCGGAAAUCGAGGUUUGAAAGAAAGAGAGGUAAUUGAGAAGAGAACUUUCAGAUGUGAGCGGAAAGGGAGUGCAGCAGGCACUUCUGAAGUUGGUGGAGGGCAGUCUGGUGAAGGUGAAGGAUCCGUUGGCGCCCAACUCGAAAGUGACCAUUGACACCACUAACAUUCUUUUCAUUUCAUCUGGAGCCUUCUCCAACAUUGAGCACAUCAUCGCAAGACGAUUCGACAAGCGGAGCCUCGGAUUCUCCUCUUCGACCGUUCCGCAUGGGGAAUCGGACCUGAACACAUCGGAGCAACUGCGGGAUUCAGAUGAAGUUGUGGUCUCGAAGGCGCGUGACGAAAUGAUUAAACUGUGCGAUCAAGGAGACCUCAUCUCGUGAGAGCAUCCUUCCGUUUGUCCGCAUGAAUGCUACUUUCAGAUUCGGAAUGAUUCCCGAACUCGUCGGUCGUUUUCCUGUCAUUGUUCCUUUCCAUUGCCUCGACAAGACCCAUUUGAUGGCUGUGCUCACCGAGCCCAAAGGCAGUCUCAUUGCACAGACGAAAAAGUUUUUCGAGAAUGAAAAUGUCGAGCUGCGAUUCUCCCCGAAGGCACUCGAAUCGAUUGCCGAAAUGGCGGUGAAGAGGAAAACGGGCGCGAGGGCACUGAAGAGCAUCGUGGAGAAGGCAGUGAUGAACGCGAAGUACGAGGUGCCCGGAUCGGAUGUGAAGUGCGUCGAAAUCAACGACGAAAGCCUCAAGGAUAGCAGUUUUAUUGUGGUCGAUAAUAGAAAUGUGAUUGGCAAGGAGAAUAAAGAUUGA